GGAAUGGAUUGCUGAAAUGCUAAACUUGUUGCUCGCUGAUCGGAGGGGAGAGGAGACACACAGUCACACAUCGGCACAGCAGCCAGCCUUCUUCUUGUACCAUGAGACUUGUCACUGAGCCCGCUCCGGACAUCCAGGAGGAGCGCUGAUCCGGGCCCCCAUCCCCGUCCUCCUCUUCAUCCUCCUCCCCGGCCGGUGCCCCCAGCGCACCAUGUGAGCUCCCCCGUGUCCCCGAUCGCUGCAUGCUUCCCCCCCGGGAAUGAUGUUCGGGCUGGAGCAGUUUGAGCCGCAGAUCAAUAGCAGAAGCAGCAGCACUAGCAGCAGCUCCGCCGCCGGCCAAGGAGAGAGGAACUUCGCUAUGAGCGCCCACUUCAAGAGCGCUGCCUUCCACCCCGGGGGCACGUCCGGGGCUGUGGAUCCUGCCAUGGGAGCCCUGGGCGAGCCUGCCAUGCUGGGCAUCAACCUCAACCUCAACGGAGGAGGAGAGCCUUAUGGAUACCAUAGCAGGGGACACUCGGAUCUCCACCCUGCUGGGAUGCAGCCUGUCCAUGGCUUCUUCAACAACCAACCUCCUCAUCACCAUCACAGCCACCCUAACCCUCACCAGCAUCACCCCCACUUCCCUGCCAACUUUGCUGGGCCUGAGCCCACCGCCUCCUGCCUGCACGGUGGUCGGCUCAUGGCUUACAACAACAACCUUGGCAACCAGCAAGGCUUUGGGGAAGGCUAUGAACAGAUGCCCGAGGGCCAGCAAUCGGGUGAGGGCUUCGGACAGCAGAGAUCGGGCAACCUACCCGAUUUCCAGCACGCCAACUCCACCGCCUCCAACCACGCCGUCCCGGCCCCUUGCCUUCCCCUAGACCAGUCUCCCAACCGCGCUUCCUCUUUCCAUGGGCUUCCUGCGUCCACUUCUUCGGAUUCUCACAACCUGGAACAAAGAAGGAUCCACAACCAAGCAGGCGUCGAUGCUCUGGAAUACAAUUAUCCCAGCGACGGCCCGUCCGGACACUUUGAGGUACCUGUGUUUUCUCCUUCCGAGUCCGAGGGUCAUUACGGCGCUGGUCGGCAGGUUCCCAACAGCGCCUUCCCCGGUGCUUCUGUUUUGCCUAGACCUCCCGGCAUGGUGGGCAUGUCCAAAGUUCACCCACAGCAGCAGCAGCAGCAACAGCAGCAGCAUGGGGUGUUCUUUGAAAGGUUUGGAGGUGCUCGUAAAAUACCUGUGGGCAUGGAGCCUGCAGUCAAUGCCAGACACCCCCUCCUCCAACAGCAGCAGCAGCAGACAGGUUUGAUUGCCAGACAAAACUCAUGCCCACCAGCGAUUGCCAGGCAGCAGCAAACUGAGGGCAAUACAUCUAACCCAAACUUGCCAGACAAUGGACCAGUAAUGCAGAGCCAGCAUACGCAGUUUGAGUACCCCAUUCAAAGACUAGAGAAUAGAAAUAUGCAUCCCUAUUCUGAGUCCAUGUUCAAUAUGCAGCAGGGACCUCCGCAGCAACCUCCAAAUCAAAGAUUGCAACACUUUGAUGCCCCAUAUAUGAAUGUCACCAAAAGGCCCAGGUUUGACUUUUCAAAUAAUCACGGGGUUGAGAACUGCGCUGCCUGGAAUAACAACAGCAUUCACAAUGCCGGCAUUGACAGUCACCUUUCUCCUUCCACCUACCCUGGCCUCCCAGGGGAAUACCCUCCUCAAGUGCCAGACAGCUUCCCCCCUGGCCCAGCUCUACAGCACCCAGGCUCGGAUCACCAGUCAUUGCAACAGAGACAGAACGCUGCAAUGAUGAUUAAACAAAUGGCUUCCAGAAACCAACAGCAAAGAAUGAGACAAGCUAAUUUGCAGCAAUUGGGCCAUCAUGGCGAUGUUAAUCAAAGCGGCAUUGUCCAUGGAGGUCAAGUGGGGAGUAUUCCGCCGCCUAACUUUGAUCGUGAAGGAGGGAGGAUUGGUAGCUUUGAUCCUCAGAAUCCACAUGUAGGCCAGGAAAAUGCUUGGUUUCCUGGACCUCACCCACCAGGUGACAUUUUGCAAAGGAGAAUGGCUGGGUCAAAUCUCCCUACAGAUCCUACAUCCCAUGAUAUUAAUUUACAGCAAAAUGGAUCAAACAUGCUUUUUAGGCCGGGUGUUAACAGAAUGGGUAUGCAGGAGCCGCUGGGGCUACCAGGAGAAGGACAUGUUCCUGCCUUACAUUCUCCGGGUAUGCACUCACAGUAUGGAAACAACAUGGCUAACCUUUCCCAAAUGCAAUCACCGGGAGGUGGGGUGGGCAUGAACAGUACCCCAGCUGACAGAAGGGGCGCUCCAGACUUUGCAGCACCAGCUAUAGGCCAACAGCCAGGAUUCCCAUUUGUUGGAUCAAAUAGACAGACAACACCUCAUAACCAACCUGGUGUAAAUUCAUCCCCAAAUUCAUACCCACCGCAGUCCGAUUUUCAAGCUAGCCAGCGCUCAACAGCCAGCAAAUUAGGGGCACUUUCCCUUGGUUCAUUCAGUAAGGCUAAUGCAAAGGAAAACAUGUUCGGACAAAGUUGCUUAGCUGCCCUUUCUACGGCUUGUCAGAAUAUGAUUGCUAGCUUAGGUGCACCAAACCUCAAUGUGACAUUUAAUAAAAAAAGCCAAGCAGAGGGAAAGAGAAAAUUGAGCCAAACAGAGACUGAGCUGAAUGGCAACAGUGGGAAUAGCUCUACUUCUGAUUAUUUCUCUGGGGGCUCUUCUCAAGGCAAUCAGGGUCCCGGUGCUACAACUAAUAACAGUAAAUCUACAGGGCAGAGUGGGACAUCGCAACCCACACAGGGAGAAACUAGUCUUUCCCCAAACUACAACAUUGAAGUCACUCCUGGCAAUGAUGGCAAACCAGUGACUGGAGGUGGACGAGGGAGGGGUCGGAGAAAAAGAGACAGCGGACAUGUAAGCCCAGGUACCUACUUUGAUAAGUAUUCUGCAGACAGUGGGGGCGCAGUUGUGAGCCCAGGGCAGCAGGGCCAAACUGCCAAUCCAGUAGAACCUGGUGGCACUCCUCAUGAUAAGCCCCUGACCUCUCCAUCUUGGGGAAAAGGUAAUGAGCUACUUCUGAGUGACCAACCUGACCUCAUGUCAUCUUUGGACAGUGGAAUUCAAAGUGUGACUAAAUCAGAUAGUAGCUCACCUCAUGUUGACUUCUCCGAAGAUGUCAACACCACUUAUGGCAAUGAAGAUGAAGUUUCUUCUAGUUCAGAUAAUAACAUAUCAAAACCCAAUAACUGUCCUUUGGUAACAGGGUCUCCAAAAAUUCAGCGGAGUGAACACGGACUUCUUAAUGGACAAAAACCCAUGGGUCUAAACUUACUAAAUAACACUACCUCUCUCCCGGACAGUUAUGGGUUGAGCAGUACUGGGGCUGGUCACCCUGGCACCCCAGGGAUGGAACAGGUCCGCACUCCUACUAGCACAUCGACCCAGGAUGAGAUUCACCCUUUAGAGAUACUCCAAGCACAGAUCCAGCUUCAGAGACAGCAGUUCAGCAUUUCUGAAGACCAGCCCUUGGGGAUGAAAAAUAAAAAAAGUGACUGUACUGCUCAAAAUGUGGACAGUGAAUUGAACAGUUGUUGCUCUGACAAUGUCAAAAAUUCUAUGAGUACGAUAGACCUUGACUCUCUCAUGGCAGAGCAUAAUUCUACCUGGUACCUGCCUAAUGAGAAAUCAUUGAUGGAGGGAGAGGAAGACGACAAGUCUAUCACACCUUGGGAAAAAUCAAAGAGCCAACAAACCAACAAAGAAGCCCACGAUCUUCCCCAGAACAAGACCUCAGCAGCGGCACAGAAUGGAAGCCAUUUGCAGUGCCUAUCAGUUCACUGCACAGAUGACAUUGGGGAGUCAAAGGGUAGGACUCCUGUACCUACAUGGAGAUCACUUCAUUCUGACAUUUCCAAUAGAUUUGGAACUUUCGUGGCUGCCCUGACUUGAAAAAUGAGACAAAAUAAACUUUUUUCUUUUUUUUUUUCUUUUUUUUGGUUCAUUUUCCUAAGAGGCCGCUAAUAAUAGGUGGACUAAUAUUUUUUUUUUAGGUUGGUACCUGCUUAGUGGCUUUUGGACUCGGAAGGGUUAGUUUGAAAUAAACCUCAUAUUUUUGAAACUUUUGCCACAGUAUGAUACCAGUGUUAAUUCUUCAUCAUCCAGCACAUAUUAUACUUUUUUCUUUAAGUCAUUUCCCUGUAAAGUUGACUUCCGGUAUAUCUGGGCUAGAGAAGGGCUUUUGUAUGUUAAACAUGUAUAUGUAUUUUCUUUACUGCUUUUGUUCAUGCUACAUAAACAUAUUAUUUCUAGUAAAAAAACAAAACAAAAACAUUUUUUUUCUGUAAAAGAAGGUUGGUGUUUCCUAUUAAAAUGUCAUAUUGUAUUUGACCAUGGCUGAGUUACAAGAAAGGGAAACUGAAUAUUGAACUGUCUUCUGUUAUCCACAUUUAUUCGAUGAGGCUUUUAUUUAUUUCAUUUUUUUUGUUUGUUUGAUUGAUGACCUAAAAUGGAUAUUUACAGCUAUUUUGCACAUAGAAUUGUAUAUCUUUUUUUAUACAUCAUAUUGUUGGAAAUUGUUUGCAAAAUAAAUAACGAGACAAGUAAGGUAUGUCUCCAUGGAUAUCAUGGCCUAUGAUCUCUGACUUGUGAUUGGUCAAGUUGCCAUGACAUAUGCUGUCGUGGCAACUUGACCAAUAACAAGUUAGAGAUCAUAGGCUGAAUAUUUUUGCAGGUAUAUUCAUAAAGACAAUGGCAAUAUUCAAAGAGCAGUAACCCAUAGCAACAAUUGAAAAAUCCAGUCUUAAUCUUGCCGACUUCAGUAACUGAAAUGCUAUGAGCAUAUGCACUUUGAACUUCCUCAUUGUUUUUCAUACUGCUUUAAGCCCGAUGUAAAGGUACGUUAUUGCUGAGCCUAUCUAGGUCUAAAUUCAGGUCAUAAGGUAGUUAUUGCAGAAACAAUACUUGGAAACUGUUAAAAUAUUCACAUCAAUUUGAUUUAUUUUUGUGGAAUUUAUUGUGCAGAUCUGUACAGUGUUCUUAUUUUGGGAAUUUCAUAAAUUAAAUGAGGCUACAUGUUUCAGUUAUUUGGUAA